AUGCCACUACUUACGAAUUUCCUGGAUUUGCGCAUACCCACCAAACGCGUCUAUGAUUCCAAAAACAAUCGAAUUUUAAAUGUGAUUAGGCACUUACAUGAAGACAAUGGGAUCAAGGCAAAUGAAGAUGCCAACGAAAAUCUAGAGCCUGCAAAUAUCGACUCUGCCAAAUGGAAAGUUCAUGUUUGUGUCAAGAUAUGUGCAUUGAGCUAUCCACAAGAUUUCCCAAAGUCAAAUAAACACCAAAUAGGAGUCAUACCAGGCAAACGAAUGAUUGUUAAGAAAUUUGACGAGUCGCAGAUAUAUUUGGUAUUCCCAUACACCAACUGCAAAGUAGAAAGAGUUGAGCAACACCGAUAUAAGGAAGAAAAUCGAUGUCACCGCCAAAACCAAAACCAAAACCAAAACCAAUGUCGAAGUCAAUGUCAAUGUCAAUGUCAAUGCAAUCUAAUAUAUGGAGAAGACCUCGACGGUGGGUUACAGUCGUCUAUAUACGUUCCGCGAGACUUACUUAUACCCAUCCCCACUGGUGUCAGUCUCCAUGACGUAUGCUUCAUCUGGGACAUUCUACUUCCGUUCUAUAUCCAUUUCCAGCACGCUAAAAACAAUUUCUCGUCAAUUUGCAUAAUACUAAACAAUGUGGAACGUGAAGUUAAUGAAAUUUUACUAGUAUUGAAUCAUUUCAACUAUGAUCAAGGCAAAAUCACAAUUACUGAUUUUACUAAACGACGACCAAGUAUGCUAGGUAAAUAUGAUUGUGUGUUUUGCUUCAACCCGCAUCAAUUGACUUUUGCAGAGUCCUACUGCAAAAGCACUGGUUUGGAACUGAUACGAAAUCGGUAUUGUAUAUUUAUAGAUUCCCCAAUACCUUCGACCCAUUCUACAGACAAAACAUAUGUAUCAAUGAGAUUAACUUAUGAGGAUCAACCAAAAUGUACAGACUUGUUGAACAUUUUAGCAGAUAUAAAUACGAACCUCGUGCAACAACAGGAGAAUAAAGGCGAUAUCGGUAACUUUCAUGAUAAUAGCAGUACUAACAAAAGCACUGCUAAAAGCUUAAACGGCCCUGAUAAAAACACUGGCCAAAAUACUGGUGGAAACACUGGCGAAAACACUGGCCAAAAUACUGGCCAAAACACUGGCGAAAACACGUUUGAUACUGUUUCAUUGAAAAGUUCUUUUGCAUCGACAAAUUCGUCGGACGGCUCAUCUGAAAUUGAUUUUGAGAGAAAGAAAAUGAUGAAGAGCACGGGCAAAAACGGAAACAAUGAGGACAAGGAGGAUAAGAAGGACAAGAGUCACAAAAAGAGACAUUAUACAUGGCUUUGGUGUGACGAAGAUGUGGUGAUGCCAAAUACUGAUGACAAGCCAGAUAUCACAAACUCAGCUUUGCUUGAUGUUGACGCCUUGGAGAAGAGUUUCAUAUUAGGACUAAACAAAAAUUUAUCGUUGGAUGGCGCCACUCGCCGAGUAUGCUAUUUCAAUAAAAAAAUCAAAUCCAGUCUGGAUUUGAACUUCUGUAUAAUCUGA